AUGGCUUCUGAUGAUACAGUCCUUCAUCAUACCAUCCAAGAGGAUAAGACAUGUGGACAAUGUAAGAAAAGUGGAAGCUCAAACAAUUCUCCAGCUAGGCUUACUAAGAGCACCAACAAUAGUGAAGACAAUAGGCGUAGCAAAAGUUCCAGCCAGUCUGGAAGUACUUGGUUUAACUAUUCCAACGACUUCUAUGAUAACGCAUCAAGAACAGCUGUCAACGGCAGCAAGAACAGCAUUUGUUCAGAAGAGAACAUCUGUGAAACCUCUCAGAACUACUAUCACAAAGAUUUUCGCUCAGAUUCCUCUGAAACCUCCACAAGUGAAGAGUGUGGCAGCUUCACCAUUCCAUUUCUCCAGCAACUAGAAACAAAAAAGCGGAUCAUACCAGAGAAGAAAAAGGGUAAUGACGUCGAUACAAAAGGAGGUAAAAUGUUGCCUAAAAAGAAACCUCAGCAAAAGAACUCAUUUAUUACUGACCAGACUAUCAAUGCUCAGGAGAAAAAUAAGAUGGCUUACUGUCUAUUGUCAGCAAGAGACCAUAAAAUUAAAGAACUGAAAAACCAAGUGGCUGUUCUGCAGAAUAAAUUGGUGACAUUUACUACGGAGAAUAAAAUGUUGAAGCGUCUUCAGUCUCAACAUUUAAAAGCAAUCAGGAAAUAUGAAAGAGCAGAGAUUAACCUGCCUGAUCUAUUGGCCACACAAUCUAAUGAAGUGCAGACUCUGAGAGCACUUCUUAGGACAUCUCAGGAAGAAGAGCGCAGGGCUUCCACGAAGCUGAGAGAUGUUGAGGCACAACUUUUAAAAACAACAGAUGCCUUGCGGGCAUUGCAAAAACUUUGUGAAGACAAAAAACUUGAAGAGAGAGAACAACUUCAGCAUAAAUUAAGAUCACUCACCCAAAAAUUGGAAGCUAGUGAUAAGAGAACCCAGGAUUUGGAAAAGCAGCUUUCGUUGAAUACUGCUUCUUUUAGACAUCAAUUAGCGGCUGAGAAAAAGAAGAUCAUUGAAGCUCAGUCACUCACAGAAAAUUUACAAGUAGAAAUUGAGUCGCUGAAGCUAAAGCUUAAGGAAAGAGAAAGAGAACUAAGCAAUACAAAUAUUUAUGCACACCGGAUGCGCAAAGGUCAGCCAGAGGAAGGUGAUUCAUAUUCUUCUCCAAAAGGUAGAACAGAAUUUGUUUCAUACUUUAUUGUGAAAUAAGAAGUAUGACAAUUCUUUGACUUGUCAAAAAAUAUUUCAAAUCCUUGCUCUAU